AUGACUCGUGAAUCUACAGACCAGUGGCUGGCAAAAUGCCGCCCGGGGAGACCACUGCUCGAGGCCUGGAUCCUGUCUGCCAUCAUCGUCUCCAUCUCCAAUACUCUGGCGCAAGUCAUCGACGCUUACAAAAAAGAGGAGGCGUUUGAAUUCGAUCUCGCUCGUCUCUCGAGAUUUCUCUGCCUCGACCUCAUCACCGCGCCACUGAACUACAAAUGGCAGGAGUUGCUCGAGAGAUCAUUUCCACGACACGCGCCCGCCUCGUCGCGCGAGGAGUACCGCUCGAUCCCGCUUGAUGAUCGUGAUGUGGAAAAGGACUCCAACACAGACGAAAUGGACGACGACCACGAGCUCACGAUUGCCGAGGGCUCCGUUUCGCAGCACCAUCAUCGACAGAAGCCUAAACGGAGGAAGAAGAAAAGAAAGACCUCGACGAGGAAGAACUGGAAAAACAUCUGGAUCAAGUGGUUCAUAGACUGCAUCACCCUGGGCGCCAUCUUCAACACGGUCGCGUUCCUGGUCAUCAUGGGGCUUGUGAACGGCCAACCCGGCAAGAUCCUGCACAAUCUGCGCACCAAAACCAUGACCAUCAUCGUCAAUGGGUACAAGAUAUGGCCCUUUGCCAACAUCGUCGCGCACAGUGUCAUUUCCUUUGAACGGCGGAUCCCGUUCUUCGCGACCGUCGCGCUGUGUUGGAAUGUCUACUUGAGUUUGGUGGCGGAGAGACUCUAG